AUAAUGAAUAUUGAUAAUGAGGAGUGAUCUUAACCUAUUUAUUUGUUAGUUUCAAUCAAUAAUCUUCACAAAAUUUUACAAAAUAAUUGAUAAAAUGUCUAAUAAAUUUUUAUAUUUUGCAUAUGGAAGCAAUAUGUUAAUGAAAAGAAUACAUAUUAAUAAUCCAACUGCAAUACGAAAAGAUAUUGGUUUUUUAAAGAAUUUCAGACUAGAUUUUUUAACACAUUCAAAAAGAUGGGGUGGAUGCUCAGCAACAAUUGUACCCACAAAAGAUUAUGUUGUAUGGGGAGCAAUUUGGGAAUUAGAUGAAUGUAAUAUGUGUACUUUAGACAAUCAAGAAGGUGUUGCAGAUAAAUUAUACUUUCCAUUAGUAGUUGAUAUAGAAACGGUUACUGGUAAAAUAUUAAAAUGCAGAGUGUACCAACAAUGCAAAAAUCCAGAUGAACAUAUAAAAUUACAUUUACUACCAAUACACAGAAGACCUUCACCAUUAUAUUUAGAAACAAUAAUAAAAGGUGCACAUGAAAGUCAUUUACCACUCGAUUAUAUUAAAUUCUUAGAAACAAUUCCACCUAAUGGAUAUAUGGGAGAAUAUGAUAUUGGACUUCCUUUACAAGAAGUUUAGAUUCAAGAAUCUUAUGAUUCUUUAAAUGUUUCUGGACAAGAGGAUCAUUCUCUAUCAAGUUAAGAGCUGUCUCAAGUGAUAAUUUUUCUAUUUCGUAUUUGAAUAUUUUAAUUGUUGUAUACAGUACACCAUUUAUCUGAUAAUAUAUAAAAUAUUACAAUUAAU